AUGGGUCUUAUCCUCCAUCCCAAGAGCGAAUGGUCCUCGCAGGAGUCGGCCGACCGAGUACCUCUGUGUCACUUCUACUUCAGUCACCCGUUCCGAGUGGGAGACGUCUGCCAUGGUACACUGCCACUGCGACACCCGCGUCUGCCCGCCCCGGCUCCCUUGGCGUGGCGGAGGGGGCGAACCCGCGCCAGACGUCGCGGCGCACGUCGCUACGCCCCGGCUGCUCACCUCAAGGCUCACGUCUUCCUACACCCACCAGGAGCUGCCCUCGUGCCCCGGACACCCCCCACGAUAGAAGAGCUUCUCUGGACCAUCCGAGACGCCUGGCCGCCCCCGCCUCCCCGCAGCCUCUCCCUUGACAGGUAA